ACAUUUUGUUUCACACAGAUAACAGUGAAGUGUUUUCGAUAAGUCCAAUAUCCUCUUCAUUAUCUCAAAAACACUUGCCUCUCUCUCUCUCUCUCAGACUAAUCUGACAUUGGAGGGAGCAAUCCAAACCCAGAAGCCGCUUCCGGUUCCGCCAUCGCCGGAAUGAGCAGCGGUGGGGUGAUUCAAUGGAGGCACCACAGGAACGAGUCCAGAGAGAACCAGUGCACUUCGGCUCUGGUCAGGCAUGUCAAAGCCCCUGUGCAUCUGUUAAAUGCAGAUCUGGCCAAGAAGGAGAUGGCCUUAUUAAUCAGUGUGUGUUGAACGCAGAUCAGCAUCUUACCUCAGCUAAUUGUUCAUGGGUCAAUUCACUUCCUUCUUAGAUUGAUUUGCUAAUCUUACUGGGAUUGUCUUGUAGGAAUUCAUUAGAUGCAAACAAAGACUCAAUCUCUACAUAACGCAAGUUGGAUCUCAAGAUUAUUCCUUUAAGAUCUGCAGAAUCACCAUGAAGCUAGAACAUAAAGAAUAACUAUGACUAUAAUUGGAAAUAAACGGAGGGAUUUAAAAAUAAAUAUCUAAAUAUGAAUAAUACAAUUCUGAAAAAUAAAAGAUUAAUUAAUUGAUGGGACAGGAAAGCAGCUGCUCAGACAAGAGUGGGACCCGCAUGUAUCUUCACACGGACUCACUUGGUCGUUGGAAUGGAGCAUUGGCUACUCACUUGGUCGUUGGACACUUGGUCGUUGGAAUGGAGCAUUGGUGACUCACUUGGAGCAUUCGCGACUCACUUGGUCGUCGGAAUGGAGCAUCGGCUACGCUCCGUAUUACGUACGAAAUUAGACAAUUCACACGGUUUUCCGUAUGUAAUGCGCACAGAAUUGCAUCCGUCCGUGUGUGUUGGCUAUUUUUUCUAGUAGUGCAAGAUUAUUGGGCAGCACUUCUUUACCAGUAUUGCUGCAAUAUGUUGGUUCUUAUAUAAUGACCAAGUUUGUUCAUUGUGCAUAACACAUCCAGCUCUGGACCUGCAUAGAUGUAAAACACCAAAAUUACACUAUUUGAUUCCAACUUCAUCUCGUUUAGUUUCGUCCCCUUUUGUGGAGAUCUUAUACGUUUGGAUUGAGACCAUAGUGAUUCACCAUGAAUAUAGCCUUGCUUCUGCUUUUUUUGGUUUUCUGUAAGGGUUCUCAUACGAGUGGACUCAUUACUAAUGUCACUACAAGACCUGAUGUAUUGAACAUUGGUUCGAUGUUCACUUUCGAUUCUGUCAUUGGGAAAAUUGCAAAACUUGCCAUAACACUUGCGGUUGAAGAUGUCAAUUCCAAUCCCAACAUUCUCAGUGGCACAAAGCUCUCACUCAAAAUGCGUAACACCAAAUCGAGUGACUUCCUCGGAAUCGUUGAAGCUUUGCAGUUUAUGGAGAAUGACACAGUGGCCAUAAUUGGCCCCCAAUUCUCAGCUACAGCUCAUGUUAUCUCACACAUAGCAAAUGAGCUCCAAGUGCCUUUGUUAUCAUUUGCAGCAACAGAUCCUACUCUAUCUCCUGUUCAGUUCCCUUUCUUGGUUCGAACAACGCGAAGCGAUCUAUUUCAGAUGACAGCAGUGGUAGACCUUGUUGUUCACUUCGAGUGGAAAGAUGUCAUAGCAAUAUAUGUAGAUGACGAUUUUGGGAGAAAUGCUAUUGCUUCCUUGGGUGAUAAGCUAGCCGAAAAGCGCUGCAAGAUUUCAUACAAAGUGCCUUUGACUCCGACAGCAACAAAAGAUGAGAUAAGAAAGGCACUGAUCAGUGUGUCUACAAUGGAGUCUAGGAUUCUGAUCCUGCACAUUUAUACUAGUUGGGGUCUGCAAGUACUUGAAGAAGCGCAGGAGCAGAAGAUGAUGGAUAGUGGAUAUGUGUGGAUUGCUACUGAUUGGUUCUCCACCAUUUUAGAUACAGAUCCUUCUCUCCCUCUAGUGCAAACAAACAACAUCCAAGGCGUUCUCACUUUCCGAAUGUACACACCCGAUUCACAACUCAAGACGGAAUUCAAGCCGAGAUGGAGCAACUUGACUAGGGCAAGAAAAUUACUUAAUAACACUUCUUUUGGGUUAAAUACAUAUGGCCUAUACGCGUAUGAUUCGGUGUUGCUUCUUGCUCAAGCAAUCGAAUCAUUUUUCGCUAAUGGGUGGAACAUUUCCUUUUCAAAUCACACAAAUUUGAGGGAGUUAAGUGGUGGAAAGUUGAAUCUUGAUGCUUUGAACAUUUUCAAUGGAGGCAGGCAAUUGCUCAAAAGCAUUUUAGAGGUUAACACGACUGGCUUAACAGGGCCAAUUAAGUUUGAUGCAGAUGGGAACUUACUCAAUCCUGCAUUUGAAGUCAUCAAUGUGAUUGGCACAGGGACUAGAACUAUUGGCUAUUGGUCUAAUUCCUCUGGCUUAAAUGUUCUUCCUCCAGAAAAGCUCCAAAUGAACAUGCAAACUAAUGGCUCCAGCGCCGGUACUCAAAAACUGUACAGUGUGAUCUGGCCUGGACAAACAACUGAGAAGCCUCGCGGAUGGGUUUUCCCUUACAAUGGCAGAAAGCUCAGGAUUGGAGUCCCCCAUCGAGUCAGCUACCCCGAGUUUGUGGGUAUAAAAGGCACUGAUUUCACUGGUUACUGCAUUGAGGUCUUUCAAGCUGCAUUAAAUGAGUUACCAUAUGGUGUACCAUACAAGUAUGUCCCUUUUGGAGAUGGUACCCAAAACCCAGAAAACAAUGACCUUCUGCACAGAAUCCAAAUUGGGGAGUUUGAUGCUGUAGUAGGAGAUAUUACAAUCACUACUAACAGAACAAAGAUGGUGGAUUUUACUCAACCUUAUAUUGAGUCUGGGCUAGUUGUGGUUGCUCCAAUAAGGAAGAUGAACUCUAGUGCUUGGGCUUUUCUGAGACCCUUUACUCCAAUGAUGUGGGGUGUUACUGGUGUUUUCUUCCUAGUUGUGGGAGCAGUUGUUUGGAUUUUGGAGCGCAGGACUAAUGAGGAUUUUAGGGGGCCUCCCAGAAGACAAUUUGUCACAAUUAUUUGGUUUAGCUUUUCGACUUUGUUCUUCUCCCAGAAAGAGAAAAUGGGCAGCACACUUGGUCGCUUUGUGCUAAUCAUAUGGCUAUUUGUAGUACUAAUACUCAACUCCAGCUACACUGCAAGCUUGACUUCGAUACUCACAGUGGAGCAACUUUCUUCCCCUGUGAAAGGGAUUGAAAGUUUAGCAAUUGGCAGUGAUCCAAUUGGUUUUCUAAAGAAUUCCUUUUCUGAAGCUUACUUAACCGACGAGCUAAACAUACAUCAUAGCAGACUUGUUCCCCUUAACUCGCCGGAAGAUUAUGAGAAGGCCUUGAAGAAAGGUCCUAGUGCAGGUGGUGUUGCUGCAGUGAUUGAUGAGCGUGCUUACAUGGAGCUCUUCCUCUCUAGUCGAUGUGGAUAUAGUAUUGUUGGUCAAGAGUUCACUAAAAUGGGUUGGGGAUUUGCCUUUUCAAGGGACUCGCCAUUGGCAAUCGACAUGUCGACCGCCAUAUUGAAGCUAUCGGAGAACGGAAACCUCCAAAAGAUUCAUGACAAGUGGCUAAUGAAAAGUGCAUGCAGUGCAGAAGGAUCAAAACAAGCAGUAGACCGCCUUCAGCUAAAGAGCUUUUGGGGCCUCUUUCUACUAAGCGGCAUUGCUUGCUUUCUUGCUCUUCUUCUUCAUGUUCUUCGCAUGGUUCGACAGUACUACCGGCAUGCAGAUUCCGACAUCGAGAGCUCGCAAUCCACAGGACGACUGAAGUCGUUUGUUUCUUUUGUAAAUCAGAGGGAACAAGAAGUGAAGAGCCGUUCCAAGAGAAGAAGGACUGAUAAUAAAGCCUCAAAUAAGAUAGCGCAUGAUCAAGAAUGCAGUAGCGAUGGUUUGGAUGAAAGUUAAGCUUGACUAGGUAGACGAGUUCUUUACUGCUUAGCAGUAAAGCCUGAAUAUGUAUACCUCAAAUUUCAUGCAUAUGUACGUACUAUACCUUAAAUUUCAUGCAACUUUUAUCACAGAAUAAUAUAUAGUUUGGCCUUUGGGUAGAUGUAAUCAUAUGUGAAAUACAAAACUAAUCACCUGAUGUUGUUAUCUAAAUGAAAUCUUAAUCUAUGUCAAUCAGGGUUAAGUACCAUGUG